AUGUCGUUCGAGGAAGACGAGGAGUCGUUCGAGCACACACUUCUGGUGGUCCGCGAGGUUUCUGUCUACAAAAUCCCCCCGCGUUCCACUUCCGGCGGCUACAAAUGCGGAGAAUGGUUACAAUCCGAUAAGAUCUGGUCCGGUCGGCUUCGAGUCGUAUCCUGCAAAGAACGGUGCGAGAUCCGAUUAGAAGAUCCGAACUCCGCCGAGCUAUUCGCUGCUUGUUUCGUUCACCCCGGACAGCGCGAGAACUCGGUGGAGACAGUCCUCGACUCGUCCCGCUAUUUCGUACUUAAAAUCGAGGACGGGAGAGGUAAGCACGCGUUUGUUGGUCUAGGGUUCACUGAGAGAAAUGAAGCGUUUGAUUUUAAUGUGGCGUUAUCGGAUCACGAGAAGUACGUGCGACGAGAAAAUGAGAAAGACAGUGGCGAAACGAGUGAAGGUGAUUCUCAUAUUGAUAUUCAUCCUGCUGUUAAUCAUAGAUUAAAGGAAGGGGAGACUAUAAGAAUCAAUGUGAAGCCCAAGCCAUCUGCUGGAGCUGGAAUGAUAUCGGCUGCAGGGCUGUCUGGAGGGGUUUCGGCAACUGUAAAGCCUAAACCUUUAGGCAUUGCGCCACCUCCUACUGGAGCGGGGAAACUAAGGUCUCCGCUCCCACCACCUCCCAAUGAUCCGGUGGCUGCUCGAAUGACAGCUCUGAAUCAUGGUGGGGUUGAUCUAAAAGCACCACCCACAGAAUCUACACGGCAGUCUACUGAUUCUUUAUCGGAUCUGUCUCCACUUGAGAGAAAUCUUCCGUCAGGAUCAACCAAGACAACUGGAUCAGGAUGGGCUGCUUUCUAA